UAUUUUGAAGAGCGGAUAUAGACCAGGAAGUAAAUAAAGUUCACGUGCUGGUGCGUGUAAAAAUGUCUACCGGCUGUGCAGUGAAACGAGCCAACUUUGUGACUUCUCAGCUUGAGGGAAGGGUGGACUGGAAGAAACGGAAGGCAGAACUAAAGGAGACUAAGAAGCAAAGGAAGGAGGCCAAGCUGAUUAAACAGUUGGAGAAGCAGAAACAGGAAGAGGCAGCAGAAAGAAAAAAACUAGAAGAAAUCCAGAACAAACAAGGUCGAGCUUACACAGUGAGUGUGGCCCUGCCGGGUUCUGUCCUGGACAACGCUCAGUCUGCUGAGCUUCGUACAUACCUGGCUGGACAGAUCGCGCGAGCCUGUGUUGUAUUCUGUGUUGAUGAGAUUAUUGUAUUUGACGAACAAGGGGAAGAUGUCAAGAGCAUUGAAGGAGAAUUUAAAGGUGUUGGGAAGAAAGGACAUGCUUGCGUUCAGCUUGCCAGAAUACUUCAGUAUCUUGAAUGUCCACAGUAUCUGCGCAAGUGGUUUUUCCCAAAGCAUCAAGAUUUACAAUAUGCAGGCCUGCUUAAUCCUCUAGAUAGUCCUCACCACAUGAGGAUAGACGAGGAAUCGGAAUACCGGGAAGGAAUUAUUCUCGACAGGCCAGCUAAACAAGGAAAAGGUUCAUUGGUCAACUGUGGAAUGAGAAAGGAUGUUCGGAUUGAUAAACAGCUGCAGUCUGGACUUCGAGUCACAGUACAGCUCCACAAGACACAGAAUCAGGAGAGCAAAAUAUAUAAAGGUGUGGUGGUGGCUCCUCACGUGCCCAGGACUGAAGGAGGUCUCUACUGGGGUUAUAGUGUCCGCCUGGCAUCUUGUCUCAGUGCAGUUUUUACAGAAAGUCCAUAUAAAGGAGGAUACGAUCUAACUAUUGGCACAUCAGAGAGAGGCAGCAACGUGGACCAAACCACACUGUCACCAUUCAGGCAUCUUUUGGUGGUUUUUGGAGGGCUUCAGGGAUUGGAGGCCAGCGUAGAUUCUGACCAAAACCUGGAUGUGACAGAUCCCAGUGUUUUAUUUGACCUUUACCUCAACACCUGCCCUGGUCAGGGCAGCAGGACCAUUCGCACAGAGGAGGCCAUCUUGAUUUCUAUGGCGGGACUGAGACAGAAGAUCACAGCUGCCUUUUCAGAUGUUUCCAAUAAGUCUUUAAAGAAUUAGUGAUGGACAGAAGUAAACAAAUACAUGCUGUUAAUGUUUUCUUAUCCUACUGGUAUUUAUCCUGAUUCAUGUUCCAUAAUUUUACUUUUCAACAGUGGCUAAUGUAAAAACAAGUAUCACAUCAUUCAUGCAUCUGUUAAAGGUAGAUAAAAUCACAAUUAUC